AUGGAGGAUGAGAUUCAAGCAUGCAAGUUUCCGAGACUCGGAAAUGUUGUAAACAACUUAAACAAUUCUAGCAUCAAGAAUUUAGGUUCUGGUAGAAGGAAGAAUGUUGGAGGAGUUACUGGGAGUGAUUUUCAGAGAAGCUGGCAGGAGCGGCAGCAGGAGGAAGAAAACUCUUCGAGAAUCGUUAGAGUGUCGAGAGGUUCGGGUGGAAAAGAUAGACACAGCAAAGUGAUGACUUCGAAGGGUUUACGAGAUAGAAGAGUUAGGCUUUCGGUUACAACGGCUAUUCAGUUUUAUGAUCUUCAAGAUAGACUUGGUUAUGAUCAACCGAGUAAAGCGGUUGAUUGGUUAAUCAAGGCUGCUUCGGAUUCUAUCUCGGAGUUGCCUUCUCUCAACCACGUGUUCGCUCAAAUUGAUGCGAAGAGUGAUGAGAAGAGGCAACAAGAGUUUGAGUUUGAUGAUGAAAGACUGAACAAGAAUCUUUGUUUGUCUAAGUCUGCUUGUAGCAGCACUUCUGAGACAAGUAAAGAAAAUGAGUCUAGCAUUGCACAACAACAACAUCAACAACAUCAACAACCUCAGCAUCAACAUCAUCAGAACAUGUCUCAAACAGCUUCUUUUACUGAGUUACUCACCGGCGGAAUCGGUAGUAGUAACAACGGAUCGAUUCAUGAUAAUCAGAUUCAUCACGGUGGUUUCUCAGGACAUUCACCAUUCAGUAGCGAAAAUGAAAACCAGUCAGAUAUGAUUCAGCUGCAGCAUUUUCCAUUCAUGUCCGAACAACAACAUCUUAUGCAACCUUCCGUGGUUAAUUCAUCUUCAUCGUCAUCUUCUCAUCAUCAACAUCAAACUGGAAGUCAUGACAAUUACAAUCUCAACUUCACAAUAUCUUCUUCGGGCCUUGUUGGUUACAAUAGGGGGACCCUUCAGUCCAAUUCACUUCUGCCUCAUUUCCAGAGGUUCUCAGCCAUGGAUCAUGGAUCAUCAUCAACAACAUCAUCAUCCAAUAAUCUACCUAGUUUCUUCACAGGACCUCCUGUUCCUCCUCCUCCAACCAUGGAUCAACAACUUCAUUUCUCACCUCUUUUCGACGCGCGUUUGCAACUUUUCUACGGCAAUGGAACUGGAAGCCAGCAUUCAGAUCAGAAGAACAACAAAUGCAAUAAGAAUUGA